UCAAUAUAACUGCAUCAUCUUCUUUCUCUCUCUUCCCUUCUCUCCCAAAACCACCUCUUUCUUUUUUCUUGGAUUUUCUUCACAACAAUCCCAAUUCAUUUCUCCAAAAUCGAUUGAUUAAUCCUCAAAUUUCACAAAGCACCGCCCUUUUUCCUGUGCAAGAUUCUUCCUUUUCCCCCAAUUUCAUCAAAAUCGGUUCAAUUCAGAUUCAAUUUUUCCCCCAAUUUGAAUCCAUGAAGGUCCACCCAGCGCCGCGGAAGCGCAACAUCACGCUGCGAUACGACGUCGCAUCGAUCCUCGCCCAAUCGGAGGGCUGCCGGCAGAAGAAGCUGCGGCGCCUCCCUCACAUCUUCGCCAAGGUGCUGGAGCUCCCCUUCCACUCCGACGCCGACGUCUCGAUCGAGGACACGCCGCUGUCGAUCCGAUUCACCGCCGCCACCGACGACAUCAGCGGCGACGUGAGGGCGGAGGCCGUCGCGAUCUACCCCGGCGUCACGAAGAUCGUCGUGAGGGGAGACGGCGUCGUCGAUGUCUCCGGGACGGAAUUCGAGCUCGAUCUGUGGCGGUUCCGCCUGCCGCCGUCCACGCGCCCCGAGCUCGUUUCCGCCGCCUACGAGGACGGCGAGCUGGUGGUGACCGUGCCGAAGGAGGAGGACGGCGGCGGCGGCGGCGGGGAUUUGGGGAAUCGGAGUAGGCUUGUGCUUGUACAGUAACCCUAAUUUUCCCCCUCUUUUCUCUUAGCCCCAAUUUCAAUUUCGAAGAAUGUUUAUUUCGCAAUUUCAGUUUCACUUUUGAUCAAUUUCAACCUGGUUUAGAUGUUAGUGAAGCUAGCUAGGUUUUGUUGAGAACAUAAAUUGGGGGAAAAAAUAAGCUUAAUCUUGAAUUCAAUUUUACUACUUCAA